UUGCACCACGGUGGACGGAAAGGCCGCUUCUUCGCCGACCUUCUCCUCCCUCGACCAGCCGACAUUGACGUCGUUUGCUCCCCCGCUUCCGUUCGGAAGUACAGGGACUUGCUGACUUAAUCCCGCACAAAUAUGCAAAAGGCUCAAGUUCACAUGCAGCAGCAAGCCAACAGGCGUCGCGUGCCAUGUCCUAUCCGCGCCAGUGAUCUGGUUUGGGUCUCCGCGGAAGAGUUUGCACUGGAACAGGAUGUUUCACACAAACUGUUUCCCAAGUGGUUUGGACCUUGGUCUGUGACAGCAGCCGCGGGCGAUGAGCCCGAUGACCCUUCAUUUGUGAUCAACAUUCCAGAACAUCUGACGGUCCAUCCGGUCUUCCACGCCUCGAAGCUGGCAACAUACACGCCAGCCAAGAGCGACGACUUUCCGGGCCGACGAUCGCAGGACCCUCCUUCUGUGGAUGGUCAUGAGGAAGUUGACCGCGUCAUCACCGAUCGCAAGUACGGCACCAAGCCGCGGCAGUACAAAGUCACAUUCAAAGCAUGCGAUCCCGACGAUACUCGGUGGAUUUCAGGCGCAGAUUUGAAAGCAUCCGCACCGCUGAUCUACGUGCAUUAUGAAAAGCGGAGGUUAGCUCAGGAAGUAUCAGGAGCACCAUCAUCAGUCAAGUCACUCAAGUGGGCAUCAGACUCUGAGCAGGAUGCUAUGCUGAUGGCAGUUUCACAGCCCUAUUUCCUCUGGCUGGCCGCGAAUGUAAUGCCGUCAGUGGCGGAAGUAGUUCUGAAUGUAGCCUACUACAUGCCGGCCAAUCCAUGGGCUGCACUGAGGGAGUGCCUGUUGACUCUCGUGGAGGAACUGCAGUGGAAAGAGCUAGACAAGGAGAGAGUCUCGCGACAGAAGGAGAUGGCUCAACCGGUUGUGACGCUUGUGACUGAUGGCUCCAUGGUGGCACAGGAAAAUAAUAGCAGCCAUGCAACAGACACGAUCAUUAAUGCUGAUGCGGGAAUGCAUACGGAUGCUGUGGAAGUUGCAGCAGAAGGAAAAAUGAUAGCACCGAACCAGGUGUUAUGACAGCUACGACUUCCGUAGACGUGGAUGGUACUAUGCUAUAAUUGCUAUGUCAAUCGCUAUGAUUAUAUCAUGAACAUGAGUUGGACGAUGGAUGAACCCAUGCAUACCAUAGGUCACUCAUUUUUGCAAAAGUUUUCCACAUGUCAAGAGUCGAUACUAGAAAGAAAUGUCACAGUGAUCUAAAAACCGUUGAGCAGCCCAAUGCACUCCACGUUCAUGAUUCUAGAAAAGGGAGCGGGAGAGGGAGAGGGGAGAGGGAGAGGGAGAGGGCGAGGGAGAGGGAGAGAGGAGUAUCAAAGGGAAGAGAGAGUGGGAUGGCUGAACAGCGGCCAGUCGACUCCCAUUGCCAGGAAACAGUGUGACACAGGUAUGUCCUUUUUUGCCUUUGAUUUGGGCUUUCGGACUGUGGGAGAAAGAGAGAUGUGAGGGAGUUGUUUCUCCCUUAAUAUGAGUCAGUCAUUCCGUUGUUCCAAAUUUGUUUGAUUCACCCCUUGCCCCUAAAAGGACAUAUCAACCGGCGAGCUUCAUUGCCGUUCUGGAGAACAGCAAGAAGGCCUUCCUUACGCUUGGUUACUUCUCUGGCAUGCCUCAAACACGAUGCGGCCUCAUCACGGGGAUCACAUUCACAGUCUCAAACGGCAGCAGGCAUUGUACACAUUAUGAUCUGCGGCUGCCUAUUUUGCAAACAAAGGACUCCUUUUCUU